UGUAACACAGUGCGGAAACGAGCCGUUCGCAGCAGCAAAAGGCUACUUUGUAUAAAUAUGUGACCGGGGGAACAGACGCGACAAGUGGAACGGUGCCCACAUUUAAGUAUUUGCAGGCUGCAUCUGCUCAACGUUCGCGUGACGCUCAUCCGUGCUUGUCGAGAACUUGUUCGCCGCCGUCCGCUGAUCUCCGAGCGUUUUUUUUUUACGCGUACUUCCGCGUGCACUGUUUUUCCCACUGACACUCGGCAACUUUCGAACAGGAAACCUUUCCGACGCGUCGACUGUCGUUUUCUCUGAUUUCACGGCAGGGAGUGUCAGAGGCUCGCCGCUCUAACCCAGCCAUGAGCAUCAUCGGGGCUGAGGAUGAGGAUUUUGAGAAUGAUCUGAAUGACGUGGCAGAUGACCAGUGUAAACACUUUUGCAAUAUAGAGACCGUGAAGGACCGGCCGACCCACCUGCUGGUCUUCAUGCAGCAUGUCGUUCUACAGUUUGACCCCGCUCCCCUGCUCUGUUACCUCCACGCCGACCUCCUGAGGAACCUCAACGCCAAAGAGACCAAGAAGCAGUUUGUGGAGUUCUACAACACCUUCUUGGAGAAGGGUGCAGUACUCAGAGUGCCAAAUCCAGUACAAUCUUUGGACCGGAACCGUUUAGACAGUGUGUCAGAGGAGAACAUAAGGCAGUAUGCUAAGGACAUUCAGUCCGUGAUGGCUGGUGAAGUUGCAAAGCAGCUGGAGGAUUUCAGGCAGAAGAGGAUGAUGGGCAUGACCCCCAACGAGGCUCAGCUCAACGACGUGGACAGCCACCAUCACACAGACCGUAUCACAAUGGAAAUGAAGGAGAAGUCUGUGGCCGAGAACCUGUUGGACAAGAUGUCGGAGACCCAACCCACAGUCGCAGAUGAGGAAAAAUGGCAAUCCACCUUUUCGGCAGUGGUCUUCUACAUGAAGCAUCUUGGGGUGAAACCCAGGGCAGUCGACAACAAGAAGUCCAGAGGAGGCUUCUUUAAGAGACAGCUGGGAAAGAACAAGAAGGAAGAAUCCACAAAGGCCAAGCCCAGAGGGGUGUUUCCUGGAAUCCCCUGGAUUGGAAGCAACCCAGCAGAAGGCAAACCUAAAUUGGACCCCGAAGCGCUGGAUAAAAUGACUCAAGAUCGCAAGGCCCUAGCUCCGGGCAGAGGCUCCGUGUCUGAGCCCACGGCUCCUUCCAUCCCCAGCAAGAAGCACGGUCCCAGUGCGGGCCCUCCCAACGUACCUGGGCUGGAGAUCACAGAUGGCUCAGGCAACAACUAUAGCAUCAUCAAUAAUGCUGAUGGAAAUGGUGACGGUGGUUCCUCAAAGAAUCGUUUAGAGCCUCUGCCUCAGUCAGAUGGGGGUGAUGUGUCCCCCAUCGGUCUGGCGGGUGGGCUGAACAUCGGGGAGCCCAUCUGCACCAGCGACAACCCCAUAGAGGAGCUUGUGGAGAAGGAAAGACGGAAGUCAAGUAGGAAAGUAGCACGUAGCGAGAGUGCUCGCGUGGACCGGCACCCCUCGCGCCGCCGCGGCUCCUCCAAAAAACAGUCGCGCUCCCGUAGCGACGUGGACCUCCAGCCGCCGUCCGCCAUGACAACGACACCUGCCCCACUCAGCCCCCAGCAUCUCCAUCCCGCUGAGGGACCAGUCAUGCUUCCUGAGGGGCCUGGCCACUCCCCAACCAGCCCGUCCCCGCAGGUAGAAGAGAUGGAGCCGCGCCUCCUGGAAUUUGAGCAGGACCCACCCAACUGGCGGGAGCUGGCGCCCCCUGACGCCCUGUCCAGCCUCAGCAAGAAGGAGAUGAAGAGGCAGGAGAUCAUCAAUGAGCUGUUCGCAACGGAGCAUGCCCACGUGCGAAUGCUUAGCGUCCUCCAGGCGGUCUUCUGCAAACCUCUGGAGAGAGAGGAGCUCCUCACCACCCAUGAGAUUUCUGUCGUUUUCCCGAACCUGGACGACAUCAUUGAAAUACACUAUAACUUGUAUGACAACAUGAAGAAGCUGCGUUCAGAAGACAAGUUCAUUGUGAAAUCAAUCAGCACCACAGUGCUCAACAGGUUUGGAGGUCCAGAGGGGGAGUGGUUCCAGAAGCUCACCGCUCGCUUCUGCAGUCACCAGUCAUGGGCCUUGGACCAGAUCAAGACCAAGCAAAAGAAAGACCCACGCUUUAACGCCUUCAUCCAGGAGGCGGAGAGCAAACCCCAGUGCCGCAGGCUGCAGCUCAAAGACAUUAUUCCUAUAGAGAUGCAGAGGCUCACAAAGUACCCGCUGCUUCUGGAAAAUAUCGCCAAGAACACAGAGGACCCGACGGAGAAGGACAAGGUCCAGCAGAGCGCCAACUGCUGCAGAAAGAUCCUCAACCACGUCAACGAGGCGGUCAAAGGAAUGGAGAACCUGCUGAACCUGAAAGACUACCAGCGCCGGCUGGACACAUCAGGGCUAAAACCAUGCAAUGAGCUUUACACUGAGUAUAAGAACAUUGACCUGACUCAGAAAAUCAUGAUUUUGGAAGGUCCCCUGAUCUGGAGAUUUACAAAUCAGAAAGCACUUGAGGUGCACUGUGUGCUGCUCGCAGACCUGCUGGUGCUUCUACAGAAGCAGGACGACAAGUUGGUCCUCAAGUGCCAGAGCAAGAGCAACAGCACGGUGCCGGAGGGCAAGCAGAUGCUGAGCCCCAUUAUUAAGCUGGACUCCGUUUUCCUUCGCGACGUGGCCACAGAUCAAAAGGCCUUCUAUGUGAUAUUUACCUGGGACAGCGGGGCUCAGAUCUACGAACUGGUGGCUCAGUCCAUUGGCGAGAAGAAGAACUGGAGUGAAACCAUUACGUCUGCCGUUAUUGAUCUGAAGAAGAGCGGCGCACCCGUCACAAAGCUGCCAUUGCCGCCGCCUCUUUCAAGUGGAGGUGGAGCUCCGCUCAGUCCAACGUUUAAUCCUACUUUGAGCCCAACUGAGAAUGGAAGCUUGAAGAGCAUCAUUGAUCCAGAUAAGGAAAGUUUGAUGGAUGACAAGCCUUCAGACCAGAGGACCAUGCUAAUGGACCUCCUGUCGGUUAAAGGCUUUGACUUGAUAAACGACGAGCCGUUGGCCUCACCUGCUUUGGAAGAAGUCAUGUUGCUGAAAAGGCUGUUAGUCGGCAGCAUCAGUUUAUCAGAAGACUCGCAGCCUGAUGAGGAAAAUGGAGAGGAGCAACGAGAGAAGUCCGAUUUGAAUAGCAGUAGUCAGUCAACAGACGAAAACCUGGCGGCGGACGGAGGAGAGGAGGAGGAGGGGAACGAGAACACUUCGGGUAACGAGAGUGCGAAGGUGAAGGGGGAGGAGGAGAGGAACUUUAGUGCACCGCUGGUGUUGUCUCAGGAGAGGUUGGAGGAAGUGUCCAGGAGGCUCUCCAGUCUGGAGGAAAAACUAAAGAGAUUACAGGCUGUAGAGGAUGAGCACGAGAGGCUGAAGGAGGCCCUUUCCCAGUUCUCCCUGCAGAGUCGCAAAUUCCAAAAAGACAGCAUCCUGCCACCUGCUGGCCACUAGAUUUUUACUGGUGCUGGUCUGGAGUGCAAGAGUGACUUUCAGAAGCUUCCCUGACGUACCUAAACCUUCAUUAGUCACACCUGGACCGCUGCUGCUGCUGCUGCUGCUGCUGCUGCUGCUUCUGGAUGUUUGCGUCACAACAGUUUGCAGCCAAGCAGAAAACGUUCUGUGCGACGGAGGGGAGAGCGGAGCCAGUGCACUGCGCAGUGGUUGAGUGACGGAACAUAGGAGGUGUAUGUGUGCGUGCGCGUGUGUGUAUGUGUGUGUGUCGAUUUGCUGUGCAACUGUUAAAAGAAGUAUACAAAGACAAAAAUGAGGCGUCCCACUUUUGAGCGGGUCGCCUGGAUUUGCCCAGCGGUGCCAUAAAAAAAGAAGCAAUAUUUUGCUGUGAGAGCGAUGCUGCCUGACAUAAAGUAGAGGUUUCAAUCUGCUGUAAGACACGUAUGCACACCACAGACACAAACGGUAGAAAAUAAUAGUUUCUAAUUAUCGCCAAUAGAAGAUGUACAGUAAUGCGUUUGCUUGCCCAAUUAGCUUUACCACAUGCUAAAAGAAGCCAAUGUAGCAUUGGAAGAUGUAUUUAAAUAUUAUUGCUGAUACAUACUAUCAUUUUUAGUCUAUGCCAAAGUAUCUCAGAGAUGCACUUUUUAUAUCCAAACAAGUUGAACCCACAGUUUUUCCAAAAUAUAUAUUGAUUACUCUCUAUUGUGUAGUAUUGAGUAGUUUCUUAACGGCCUUUACGUAGUUGGCUGUAAUUAUUACAUGCAUGCGAGAAAGUGUAGAUAUGAGUGUUAAAAAAGUUUUAAUUAAGGUCAUCUUAUUGUAAUCAGGUCACAUUUUGAACAUGGAACUAGCGGGACAAUAGAUAGCGUUGGAGCCGUGUUCGUGUGCUCCGCUUUUUAUUUAUUCACCUGCAUCCUGUUCGAGUUGCCUCACUGCGCUGAAACUGUUACCGUGCCGGGGCGAGAUGAAGAAAGACAUGGAGAAAAGAGAAAAACGUAGGGCGGUGAAGAUAGAACGUGUGACGAAGAUCAAGUGGAGAGGAAAGGCGUGGUCUGGGGGGGGGUCUAGAGGUCUAGUCGGUGGUGGUGAACCGUAAGACAAGAUGUGUAGAAAUCAGGAAGUUUGAGUUUGCGCCUCCAAGAAAUGUAAAGACUCUUUGUUUGAUUCAGAGAUGAAGCCGCCUCUCGAUUGGAGUCUUUACUGCGGCUCUAUAAAGAUGACCAAAGACAUAAAGCAUCAGUAGAACCUCACACACAAGUGAGCUCAUAAUAGGCCAUGAAUAGAAUCUACAGAUGUGUGACUUCUCUACAUACUGUACAUCAGCAACUAGACAUUAAUAAAGGUAAUGCCAUUAUCUUGGUGGGUCCAUCACUAUAAGCCCGUGUGACUACACCUCUGGUGCUAAACACACAAGACUUAGUUCAGCAGCAGUGAAAGACAGGAAAACAAGACGGUGAAGCCAAAAGAGCAUAUGAAGCAUAUGAAUGCUGAAGGUUUAGAGGAAGGAAAGCUGCAGUUUCAUUCCAGUCUCAGGCUGACUGUUGUGUAAUCAAGCCAGCUUCCUGACAUGGAUUCCCCUUCAGCCCUUCACCCCACUGGGACUCAGCUAUGCAGCUGGUGCUGGUAGUCACUUCACGGCCACAGGCUUGACCAAUCUUGUCCCAAAGCUGUACAUAAAUAUGAUCUUGGAGGAGUCAAGUGUAGCGAUAGUAUGAAAUAUCCAAUCCUCAUUAGCGACUCACGAUAACACGCUCCCCUCUUAUGAUUGCAUAGUCACGUUUACCUUCCACACACUUUUACCUGCGUUAUUAUGUUGUGCAUUGCAUUUGAUUUAGGGGCUCUGGGAUAUUUUUUGUCUCGUGUUUUUCAAAGAAGGUUUUGUAAUUAUGUGCUAUGCAUUUUGUUGUAUGGACGAGAGAGAGACAGAGGGCGUGUCUGCAAUUCAUCGAUGCAUGAGCAAACCUGCAAAUGAAUGUUACAGGCACUUCUAAAUCUCCCUCACCCAGAUGCUCUUCCUCAUGUAUUCUAUCCACAGAUACCUAGAUGUAUAAAAAAUGUAUUUAUAGAGUGGUGCCUUGUUCUGAUGAUCAAGCGUUUGCUUCAUAAAGGGCUCCUAAGACUGCAAACACAAUCACUGUUGUUUGUCUAGGCUGUCAAACAUGUUGGAGACAAUGACCAGCAUUCAGAAGAUUUGGGAUCAGCUGUAAAUGUCGAUUUAACUCCAGUGAACCAUGUUUGUAUCCAUCUCCAUUACAGUAGGAUUUGAACUUUCCACCAUGUGACCUGUAUAGACUGGUACCGUUCAGACAGUCCGUUGCCAACUUGUGUCUUGACAGUAAAAUCUAUAAAUAUGCAAGAACUAUACUGUGUAUUUGGAUUCUGAUUUCUAUUGUGUAAGAGGCUCUUUAAUGAUGUAUACUUAAGGAAAAUUGUGGUACGUUCUGUUUUUUAAUUCUUCAUUUUUUAAAUAAAUUGGGGAAAUAAAAACUUGUUUGUCAUAUUUGUCCAUUAUUUUGUUAUAUUAAUUUGAAUUAUUGUGUGGCUGAACAACUGACCCUAUUUGCACAGCCCUCUAUUAAAGUGUGAAUACAGUAAAUAUUUUUGUUAUAUGCCAAUUGUUUCCCUGAAAUAAAGACCCAUGGACUCUG